AAUUGCAGUAUACAAAAAAAUCUUACCUUUUUGUAACUGCGUGGUUAUCAUUAGAACCCUUUUUUGAGUCAUCGUUUUGUUUAGCAACAUCAGUUUGUUGUUCAAGAAAGGGAUUAACGUUUUGAGCCAUAUUCAUCAGUAUUUUUUUCCUUCAAUUGAUUUGUUAAUGACAGAAAAAUUCGUUACAGUCAGAGAAGAGAAAUGGCGUACUCCGAUUUGGGAAACAUUUUUUAAAACGACCAAUGGGAAGCGAAUAUUUUGACUUAAAAGGUUCUUCUUUUAUAUAAUUUCAGUUUUGUAUUAUUAUAGUAUUCAGAAAUAUUUUCUUUAAAUGGCCUUUUAUCAAGAAAGAUACUAAUGUUAUAAGUAAAAAAAUAUAUAAAUCCAUAAUAAAAUAUACAGUUUGCUAAUGUAGAUAUACCCAUUAUGAAAAUAACUAUUGCCUGUUUAAUUUUCAUUAAAAUAGAAUAUAGAAAAUAGUUGGCCAAAUAAUUUGACAAAUUCAUAAAUUAGAAGAAUCAAAAUACGGUCCUGAGUAGACAGAUCACAAAUUUCAAAAUAUCAAUUUUAUAAAUUAAAUAGUGAUAUAAUUCUGAAAUAACAAAGUGAAUAUGAAUUCAUAUUAUGUAAGAAAAAGACAAGUUAAUUAUUUGGUAAUUUAAAAUAAAAGCCAACGGAUCGAAAUAAUCAAAUUAAAUAAAAUUGCAUCCGAAAAAUUUAAAAUUAUGAAAUAAAAAUCUAUAAAAAGAUGUUAUAUAUUUAUGCGAUGGUAGUGAUAAGGAAUUUAACAUGAGGUUGGUCAAUUCAUUAAUAAAUAUAACCAGCAGAUUUAAUAAACAAAAUUUGACUGGAAUUGGACUGACUGGAUUACGAAAUUUCCGUCACUUCUUUCUUGUGAACACUCACAGUUAUUCGACCUUGACAAAGAUUGAUUUCUCAAAAUCUGUGCCUAAAAUCAAAGGAAAAAUGCAUACAAAACUGACCACAGAGGAAAGAGGUACCGUUUUAGCAGCGCUGCUGAAUGAAGGCUGGAAAGUUCUUGAAAAUCGAGAUGCUAUUUACAAGGAAUUUUUAUUCAAAGAUUUUAACCAGGCUUUUGGUUUUAUGUCAAGGGUAGCUCUCCUUUCUGAGAAAAUGGAUCACCAUCCUGAAUGGUUUAACGUAUAUAACAAAGUUCAAAUAACUCUUUCUUCUCAUGAUGUCAGUGGACUCAGCGGAAGAGAUGUUAAACUGGCAAAUUUUAUGGAAGAAGUUGUUAAAAGUAUUAAGGCUUAAAAGGACACUCAAAAAACUCGAAUGUAUAUUAUGUAUUCCAAAAUAUAUGUAUGUAGGGUAAAUUAUGGUUUUAGAACUUUUUAAAUUUAUUUCUAUAAAUUAAACUAAUACAAUUUACAAUUUUAUUCAUGUUCAAAAAUAAGUCUAAAGUUGGGACAUUAUACAAUACAGG